AUGUCCUGCACUGCUUUAAUGAUUGCUGAAAAGCCUUCUCUUGCUGAAUCAAUAUCGAAGCUUUUAGCACCUAAUGGCCGAUUAAUUGAUGAUAAAAAUAUUUCUAGUUUAGAUUUUACAAAAGAAUUUAAUGAUUGGAAUAUUGACCCAUUGGAAUUAUUUACUGCUCGAACAAUUAAACUAGAAGCUUCAAAAUCAGGGGGUAUUUGUCAGCAUUUACGACAAGAAUCAAAAGGUGUCGAUUAUGUUAUUCUUUGGUUGGAUUGCGAUAGAGAAGGGGAAAAUAUAUGCUUUGAAGUUAUUAAAAAUGUUCGUGAAGGUAUGAAAAGACUACCUGAUGGUCGACCUAAGGAUAGUCGAAUUUUACGGGCAAAGUUUUCUGCGAUCACGGCAACUGAUAUUCGUAGAGCAAUGAAUAACUUGACUUUUCCAAAUGAGAAUGAAUCUUUAGCUGUGGAUGCACGUCAGGAAUUUGAUCUCAAAGUUGGCUGUGCCUUUACACGGUUCCAAACUAAAUUCUUUAAUCAAAAGUACGGAAACCUUGAUUCUAGUGUAAUAUCCUAUGGUCCUUGCCAAACACCUACUCUUUCUUUUUGUGUUUCUCGACACGAUCAGAUCAAAUCAUUUAGUCCAGAACCAUUUUGGACUUUAUCAGUUUCUGUAGCUAAACAAGGUGCUAAUGGUGAGCAAUGUGGCUCUGAAAUACAUCUCAGUUGGGAGAAAGCUAGAGUUUUUGAUAAACAUGUUGCAACAACGAUUCAAUCCAUGGUUAGAAAAUGUAAAGAAGCCAAAGUAAUAUCAAUUUCUUCUGAAAAAAAGACAAAAGGCAGACCACAUGCUUUAAACACUGUUGAGUUGCUUAAAUUUGGAUCAUCUAAUCUUGGCAUUGGUCCUCAUGAAACUAUGCUUAUAGCGGAACGACUUUAUACUCAAGGAUAUAUAUCUUAUCCACGUACUGAGACUACUACUUAUCCAAAAAAUUUUGAUAUAAAAUCUGUUUUGAAGGAUCAAUCAAGGCACGACUUAUGGGGCUUAUAUGCAAAGGAAUUACUUGAAAAAGGAUUUGAAUGGCCAACAGGAGGCAGUGAUGCUGGUGAUCAUCCACCCAUAACUCCUAUGCGGGUAGUAAAUGAAGGUGAUUUGUCAGGAGAUUCUUGGAGAAUUUAUAAUUACGUAACUCGACAUUUUAUUGGUUCAAUCAGUCCCAAUUUGAAGUAUCAAAAGACAAAUGCCAUUAUAAAAAUUGGUGAUGAAUCUUUCGAAUGUUCAGGAAUACGAGUGUUGCAACCUGGAUUCUCUAGUAUUAUGCAUUGGCGAUCAAUGUCAGAUCAAAUUUUGCAAGAACUUCAUCAGGAUGAAAUUUUAAAAAUUACAAAUGUCAAAUUGGUUGAAGGACUGACAAGCCCUCCAGACUAUCUCACAGAAAGUGAAGUAAUUAGUUUGAUGGAGAAACAUGGUAUAGGAACAGAUGCAUCUAUACCAGCUCAUAUUAAUAAUAUAUGCCAACGAAAUUAUGUAACGGUUCAAACUUCUGCACGUAGAUUGGUUCCUACUAAUUUAGAAAAAAUCGAUCCAGAAUUAUCACUUCCUACAAUGCGAAGUGAAGUUGAAAAACAGUUGAAUUAUAUAGCACUAGGUAGAGCUAGACAAGCAGAAGUGUUAGAACAUUGUUUAAAUUUGUUCGCUGCAAAAUUUAAAUAUUUUAGAGAUAAUGUUGCACAAAUGGAUGAAUUGUUUGAAGCAACCUUCUCACCUCUUGCUUCAACUGGAAAAAUCCUUACAAAAUGCGGGAAUUGCCCGUGCGUUUGCAUUGUUCAACCUCCACUUGACGGUUUUGGGCUUGUAUCAUUUUCAACUGGUUCGAAGGAUAUUGGCUAUCCAUUAUGUCCAAAUUGUUAUAAUAAUCCACCUUUUGAAAACGUAAAAAAAGGCAUGGGAUGUAAUCGUUGCCCUCAUCCUACAUGUGAACAUUCAUUAACUAAUAAUGAAGUCUGUUCAUGUCAAGUGAAUUCAUGUACUGGUCAAAUGGUAUUAGAUGCUACAUCAGCACCUAAGUGGAAAUUAUCUUGUAAUGUAUGUAAUUUCGUUUCCGUAUUUACAGAUUUGGUUAAAGGUGUUUCCAUAUCAAAAGAUGAAUAUUGUGAAAAUGAAGAAUGUAAUUCUUGUGUAUUAAAAAUUGAAUUUCGAGAAAAUCAAAAUAAGAAACCUUUAAAAGGAUGUAUUUUAUGUGAAGAUGAAAUUGCUGAAUUAUUAGAAAAUAAGUAG